ACAGUAGUAGUAGUGACCGAGCAGCAGCAAGAAGAAGGUUUUGAUGGCUAGCAAGCAGCACAGCAGCACCAUUUGCGACGCCCCAAGUGUUGUAUGCUGGCUAGUAUUUUCCACUGGCUCGCAGGUUUGGCACUGAUUUUAUUUACGAUCCACUAUCUGUACUACAUCGUGACGGCAUUACGAUCCCCGUCCUGCGGCAGUAAUAGCAGCUACGGCGGUGGCCACCAGAUGCAGUCCGAGGACGCAAAAUACAUCAAAAAACGAUGGAAGGGUGGAACCAUCGAGCCACAUCCGACGGAGAAGGCCCUCAUCGUCAACUACAAACUGGAGGCGGCCGUAUUCGGGGAACCCGGAGAUCCCAUGCUAGAGGAUAGGAAGGACUGUCAGCGGAUAAUCCGGCUGAAAUCGCUGAACGCCAAAACCGACCCGGCCGUCCUGGCGCGGGAAGUGGUGGAAAAGUGCGACCUCAUUCACAAGUCCCAGCUGUCCGACAUCGAACAGAUCAUCUACUACUUGAAGAACCGUAAGAAUGUCGAAAGUCCGGCAACCGGAACCGGUGCCACCGCUACCGGUCAUCGAUCGGCAUCGCGUACGUCCGGUGCCGGCGGUGGUGCCACUGGGAUCGGAGGUGGAAACGCUCCCGGCAAGGCAAGUGUACACGAAGCGGAAAAAGCCACCAUCAGGAACAUAGACGAGUACAUUGAGCUGCUGUACGAGGACCUGCCGGAGAAGAUCAAGGGAUCGAGGCUGAUUCUGCAACUAGCCCGGGAUCCGGACAAUCUGGGCGAGCUGGAGAAGAAUGAGGCUGUUCUGAGUGCCCUUUCGCGGGUGCUUCGCGAAGACUGGCGCCGAUCGUUGGACCUUUCCACCAAUAUAAUCUACAUCUUUUUCUGCUUUUCAACGUAUACUAAUUUCCACUCGGUGAUUGUUAACUACAAGAUCGGUUCCCUGUGCAUGGACGUCAUCGACUACGAGCUGCGUCGGUACGAUCAGAUGAAGACCGACUUGGAUGCCAGGAAGAGUACUGGUGGUGGUGGUGGUGGUGGCAGUGGUGAGAAGGCAAAGGAGAAAGAGAAGGAAGUCAAUAAGAGUGCCGAGUACUUGGACACGAUCAUCGAUCAGGAGAAGCCCAAGGAGAUGGAACCUCCGCGGAGAAGGAUACCGGAGCUGAAGCAACGGCCCAAGUCCGGCAACUGGGCUAGCUAUCACGGAAGCAUGAGUUCCUCGCUGAUCAAAGCACAUUCUAUGAACAAUAGCUAUCACGAACAGCUGAAUAAGGAAACCACGGCUUCCAAUGAUAGCCUCGAUAACCAAUCCCCGGAAAGCGAGAAGCCUGAUCCAAAGAAGCAGAAAGACGACUAUGACAAAAUCAACAAACAAUUCAAGAUCUUUGCCAAGAAGCAAGAACAGCUCCUGAGGGUAGCAUUCUACCUACUACUGAACAUUGCAGAAAAUGUCAAACUAGAGGAAAAGAUGCGCAAGAAGAAUAUCGUUAAGAUGCUGCUGAAGGCGUUGGAGCGGCAGAACUUUGACCUGCUGGUCCUGGUCGUGACGUUUCUGAAGAAGCUUUCGAUCGUUCGCGACAACAAGGACGAAAUGUACGACCUGAACAUUGUGGAGAAGCUCCCGCGUCUUUUGCAGUCGCAGAAAGACCUAGUGCAGGUGACGCUCAAACUCCUGUUCAAUCUAUCCUUCGACGCUCGGUUACGGGCGAAGAUGAUACGAGUCGGCUUCCUACCGAAGCUGGUUACGUUCUUGAGCGAUGACAAACAUCACGAGAUAGUGACCAAGAUCCUCUACCACAUGAGUCUGGACGAUAAGAUCAAAUCUAUGUUUACCUACACGGAUUGCGUCCCGGUCGUGACGGACAUGUUGCUGUUGAACCUGAAUCAGAAGUCCGAUCCGGACCUGAUUGCUCUGGGGAUCAACUUGGCACUGAACAAGCGCAAUGCGGCGAUGAUGAUCGAGAACAACCGGCUGCACAAUUUAAUGUCCCGGGCAUUCAAGUACCAGGACACGCUGAUGAUGAAGCUGAUCCGGAACAUCUCGCUGCACGAAACACUGAGGCUGCAUUUUGUGGACUUCGUGGGAGAUUUGGCGAAAAUCCUUACCGAAUGCGAUGACGAGGAGUUCACCGUCGAAUGCUUGGGCAUGCUGGGCAAUCUGGCCCUGCCCGAUCUGGACUACUCGCAAAUCAUUCACAACUUUAAUCUUAUUCCGCUGAUCAGAAACAUGCUGGUACCAGGUAAAUACAAGGACGAUUUGGUCCUGGAAACGGUCGUCUUCCUCGGCACUUGCGCGUCCGAUGAAUCCUGCGCUAUGCUGCUGUGCAAAGCGGAUGUGAUUCUGUCGUUGAUCGAGCUGCUAAAGGCGAAGCAGGAGGACGACGAGAUGGUCCUGCAGAUUGUGUUCGUGUUCCAGCAGGUCCUGCGGAACGAGAGCACCCGGGUGUACAUGAUCAAGGAAACGGAAUCGCCCGCCUAUCUGAUCGAUCUGAUGCACGACAAGAACGCCGAGAUCCGGAAGGUGUGCGACUUCUGCCUGGACAUCAUUGCCAUCACCGACAACGAGUGGGCCUCGCGGAUCAAGUUGGAGAAAUUCCGGAACCACAACUCCCAAUGGUUGAGCAUGGUGGAAACGCAGGAGGAAACGGACGACGUCCAGGACUAUGGCCCGAUGGACGACGAUGAUGGGGAUUUGCCGGCGUAUCUGACGGCGGACUACCUGGACCAGUGUAUGCUGUAUCAGUCCGGGGAGUCGAACGACGAUGGCGAGGGCAACAACCGGUCCACUUCUGCCAUGUCCAACUACAGCAGACCGAUGAGUCGCUACAGUCGUGACUUCGAGGACUUCGAGGUGGUCACUUAAAGCACUGACCGCGACCGGCUUGCACCAUCGAACCGUACUGACUACUUACAAUAUAGCAAAUGAAGCAAACGGUACAUAACAUGACAAACUUACAAACUAACGAUACAACAAGGAAAAAGAAAAAAGAAACACACUGGAGGCGAAUGUUGAAAGCUAACGAGGCUGCUAUUAGAUUGGAUGUGCUACUUCGCGCCGAAGAACAAAUAACAAAUAUGCUAUUACAAUGUUGGUAUUAUUAGAUUCCUACGACGAUGCAUCAUAGAGUUUUUAAACGUAUAAAGCAGAAAGUAUUUAUAUAGUCUCACAGAUCAAAACAACCGAUUCCUAGGUCAUGAAACCCAGAUCAGCUAGAGCUCAGCCUUAGACCGUGUUAGAAUUAGUAGCAUCAGCGCUGCCCUUCUUUUGCUCAGCCUCGUCCUCCGGCCUCCGCGAAUAUUUUUUUGAACUAAAUCUCCAUCGUUGGAUCUCUCCCGUCUUAGGUGCAUGCUAGUAGUUAGUGUGUUUCAGCUCAAUAGCACUGCGCACCCAAUCCUUUUUCCCAUCAAUUUGAACACAAAAUCACGCUUGACAAUUGCUGCUUUAUAGUGGAAAAAAAACGGAGUUUUGAUACUCAAACAAUUCGAAUCGAAAAUCUGUAGUUUAACUUUCCCCCACCCUUCAUAGUUUACUUAGAUAGGCGCGUGACGGUGAUCGUGCAAUCGAUCACCCUAGGUAUAGGGAUGUUAGGGAACGAAGAAACAGAGUGUGCGAACUGUAAAACAAUAUAUUACGUCUAGUCUUCUUUGAGUUGUGAUAAAGUGAUUCCAGUUUUUGUUUUGUUUUUAAGUUAUCCCUAUUGUUUUCGCCAUCACUGAGUUGGUUCUGUUUUGGAUUAUGUUUACCUUUCGGCUUGAUGAGUUGAGGUAAUCCGGAUACGUUAUACGCUUUUUCGUUCUGAAAUAAAGGUUCAACUCAAAUGCUUUAGUUGCAUAUUCUGUAACCGCAUCAUUAACAAAUUUUAACCCUAGGAUAAUAUGUUUAAGAACUACAUGUACGGAUUCAAAGACAAAGGAAAACCAAAAAUGCGACAAAAAUAGAGUAUAUAUAAUAAUUUUAAAAA